AGAAAACUCAUAUGAAAUACAAAACGAUGAUUCUUGCCGCUGCUCUCUGCUAAAACCCAACAGCAGCAGCAGCAGCAGCAGCAGCAAGCCGCGGCCAGAUCCAAAGCUUUUUCCUUUGUCCAAUCUCAUCAUCAAAUCUCCAAAUGAGAGGAGCCAUUGGAAGGAAGCUCCCCAACUCCUUCACCGCUUCCUCCUCCUCCUCCCGCCACUCCCUCCUUCCCUUCUCCACCUCCUCCCCCUUCGGCGGCGCCGGCGGAGGUGGAAGAGGCCGUGGCCGUGGCGGCGGCGCCGACGGCGGCGGCGGUGGCGGCCCAUCCCGCUUCGACUCCAUUCCCGAAGCCGCAGAGGCCCCGCCGCCGCCCCAGCCCCAGCCCCAGCCGCAUCCGCCUUCGUCUGGGGUCGGCCGCGGCCUGGGCAAGCCGCUCCCUUCGUCUCCGAUCCUCCCCUCGUUCAACGCCUUCGCGUCGUCCAUCGGCCGCGGCCGAGUCCCGUCGGGUUCGCCGCCCCCGCCGCCGGAUUCGCCCGCCCCCGGGAAGCCCAUCUUCUUCCGGAAGGAAGAUGGUCCUCCCCAGUGGGACUCCCCAAAACCUAGGUCGCCUUCUGAGUUUGCCGAGGCGGCGGCGGGCGGCGGAAGUGGUGCCACCGAACUCCCUUCCGGUAUAAAGUCGGUUCUACAGGGCGCCGGCCGCGGGAAGCCUGUGCCGAAGCCGGGCCCUCAAUCCCCACCAGUGCAGGAAGAGAACCGGCACAUCCGCGCACGGCCGCCCUCGCCUCCUCCGCGGAUGGGUCGGGAGGAGCCUGAGAGGAGGGCUUCAGGCAGAGGAGACGCCGGUGGUCGCAGUGGAGGCCGAGGCGGCCGAGGCAGAGGGAGAGGGUUCCGUGGUGGCCGAGGCAGGGGCAGCUUCGGUGGAAGGGGAUUUGUGAGGGACCGAGCAGGGAGAGGGCAAUUCGAGAAGGACUCCGACGUGGGCCAUGGAGCUGGGCUUUAUCUCGGGGACAAUGCGGAUGGAGAGAAGCUGGCCAAGAGAAUCGGGGCUGAGAACAUGAACAAGCUGGUCGAGGGGUUCGAGGAAAUUGGCGAGAGAGUGCUGCCUUCCCCAGCUCAUGACCUCUAUUUGGAUGCUUACCAUACCAAUAUGUCGAUUGAGUGUGAGCCAGAAUACUUGAUGGAAGAAUUCGGCACGAACCCGGAUAUUGAUGAGAAGCCGCCUAUUCCUCUUAGAGAUGCUCUCGAGAAGAUGAAGCCAUUCUUGAUGGUAUACGAGGGAAUUCAGAGUCAAGAAGAGUGGGAGGAAGUUAUGAAAGAAGUCAUGGAAAGAGUCCCGUUGAUGAAGGAGAUCGUCGAUUACUACAGUGGACCUGACAGGGUAACUGCCAAGAAACAGCAAGAAGAGUUAGAAAGAGUGGCCAAAACUCUUCCCGAGAGUGCUCCUGAUUCUGUGAAACGGUUUACUGAUCGGGCUGUUCGCUCUCUCCAGAGUAAUCCUGGGUGGGGAUUCGACAAGAAAUGCCAAUUCAUGGAUAAGCUCGUGUGGGAGGCUUCUCAACAGUACAAGUGACUCAAGAACACCAAGGCUUCUUCACUGCACUCGAUUUCGGUCACUAAGCUGCAUCAGUGAGAGUUCUUUAGUCAAGUGAUGGUUGACACAUUAGCUGCAAAGUCAGGCUAAAAGCUUGAUUUCAGGAUCUAUGUAAUGAGGAUGUCUUUUGAAGUUGGACUCGUUUCCUCUCCAUCCUAGAUGGCAUCAGCUCCUUCACAUUCUUUUUAAUGUUGGAUUUCUUAUAUGGGUUAACUUUAUUACACUUAUUUUAAGUUGAGACCAAGGUUUAGGUUAAUAAUAGCUGCAGUGUGGCCUUGGACAGGCAUCAGGCACGGUGACUGUUUCUUCUUUUUCCCUCCGAUUUAUUUUGUUGGGGUAGCGUUGGAUUAGUUUCCUCAUUUUGGAACGUUAAAGGAUGAUUACAAAAUGUUACUUUUGACAGGCUGUA